UUUCUCCCUCUCUCUCUGGAUUCUUUCUCUCUAGACUUCAUCUCUCUCAUUUCAUCAUCAUAUUUUUGUUGGGAUUAUUACAAGUAUUAUAACUUACAGUGCUUACAUCUUAUAUAUAUAGAUAGAUAUUUCAAAUAUAUCCAUCUCUACUUCUAUCUAUCUCCCUCUAUAUAUCUUACAAAUAUAUAGGUUGUAGACAGAGAGAUAGAGAGAGAUAAAGAGAGUCGACGAUAAUCAGCUUGAUUGGGUUUGGUGGUACAACAACAGACAGACAGACGAUUGAGAGAUAUCCAUCGUAGAAAUGGGGAUGGAGUCAGUAGCGAAUAGUAUUGUAUGGGAUGUGAUACCAGGUUUGGCAAUGGUGUUAAUGGAGGGAAUAACAGUUGGAUUGACAAUAAUGACUAAAACAGUCAUGGCAAGAGGAAUGAGUCCCUUUGUUUUUAUUGCGUAUACAAACAUUCUUUCAACUCUCAUCCUCUUGCCUUCUUUCUUCUUCUUUCACAGGCCACAAAAAUCUUUCCUCACUUUCUCUCUCCUCAGUAAAUUCUUCUUCCUUGGAUUAAUAGGGGUUACUCUAGCUCAGAAUUUUGCGUUCAUGGGGUUAAGCUACAGCUCUCCCAUAGUUGUAGCAACAAUGGCGAAUCAGCUCCCCGGUUUCUCUUUCCUCCUUUCGAUGGGUUUGAGGUGUGGCCAAGUAGGGUUUAGAAAGUCAAGUACCCAGGCAAAAUCAAUAGGGACGGUGGUAUCAAUCGUUGGAGCAGUAUUUGUUGCUACGUACAAGGGCCCAACACUCUGGAAACCUUCCACAUAUCAGCUUUUUCUUUCCUCAUCACCACGGCCACUAUUUCUCUUCGGCUCCACACCAGAAAGUUGGGUACUUGGAUGUAUUUUACUUGCCAUUGCUACUUUAUAUGCUUCAGUCUGGAACAUAAUCCAGGUUAAAACGGUGAAAGAAUUCCCAGAGCCUACGACUAUUGUAACCUUUUACAGUCUCUUCGGAACAAUUCAAUGUGUAAUUAUAUCUGUGAUUGCGGAAAGAGAUCCAUCUGCUUGGCUCAUUACAGAUAAAAUGGAGCUAAGCAACAUUUUACUAUCGGCAUUUUUCGGGAGUAUUGUUCGUAGUACGGUUCAAGGAUGGUGUAUGCGCACAAAAGGACCUCUUUUUAUAGCUAUGUUCAAACCUUUCACGGUUUUUAUCGCUGUCAGUUUUGGUUUCAUGUUCUUUGGCCAUACAUUUCAUUUCGGAAGUGUGAUAGGAUCAUUUAUAGCUGCCAUGGGAUAUUAUUGUUCAAUGUGGGGUCAAGUUAAAGAAGGAGAAGAAAAUCAAAUCGGACAGCACCAAAGUGGAAGCAGUAGUAAGAGUUAUGGCGACAACGACCAGUCUUCUGUAACUAUUAAAACACCUCUCUUGCAAGACCAACAUCGUGUUGGGCAUGAAGAAGUGUAGAAGAAAAAGGAACUUUUAAGCUAAAAAUAAGAACCAUAUUGAUAAUUGAAGCUCAGCAAGUGAAGGCGAAUUUUCCAGCCAUUGUAGGAGCAAAUCAAGAAUAUGUGAAUAAAUAAAUUGAGGUGGAAAUUGUAUAAAAAGCUUUGCCGUUAAUCAAUGCCAAUGCUGUUGAUAUUUUGUAAUGAGUCUGAGAGAAUAGAGUAAUUAAUUAAACCGCAAGCCCUUGAAAGUUUGAUAUGUUCAAUAAGAACAUUCCGUUGUCUUGAAAUGAGUUGAUUUGGUCUCUCCUUGCAAUUAUAAAUGCAGUUUAUUACA